CAACACUACACUACCUCCGUCUAUGUGUAUGAGCGUGUGCAUGCGUACGAACUUUGUGCUGAUGUAUCGUGAACAAACGAAUAUUUCGUCGAGAAUUUCUACGUGCGUGAUUCACGGAAAUUGUGCCCCGUUUUAUACCGAACUGGUUCAUUCAGUGUGAUGCGAAUAUAUAAACAGUGCUAUUGCUGAGUGUACUGGUUUGGCAAGUGAAAUCUUUCCUUAACACAGAAGAAACUUCGAAUUAACAAUCAUAGGGAUUCAACAAGCAAAACGAUUACAGCCCAUUUGGAACGCGGCACACUGUGUCCUCAAAUCGGUAACAAUCGGAAAAGCGGUUACCUCCAUUUACCCAUCUCGUCCUGCAGACCGUGGCCGUUUCCGUUCACAUUCGUCCGCUUCUCGCAACGUGUGCCCCUCUCCUGCCCGGUACGGGGUGUGGUGAGAGGAGGCACUACACCAUCCUACCCCGGUCCGGUUGUCCGGCACGAUGGCGUGCCUGAAUACGCUGAAGCUAGAAAUAAAAACGCUCGAGCAAGUCUUCCCGAAGAACCAUGAACGGUUCCAAAUCCUUAGCGCCACGGUGGACGAACUGUGCUGCCGCUUCAUCGGUCGCAACGGCAAGCAAUACGUAAUCCAUGCCAACAUUACGGAAACGUAUCCAUCCACGCCACCAGUAUGGUUCGCAGAAAGCGAGGACACAAGUAUUAGCAACGCUGUACAAAUAUUAACGAAUACGAACGGUUUAGAUAAUCAUGUUGUAAAUCAGGUACACAUACUGUUACGCGAACUUUGCCGGCAGCACACGGUUCCACUACCUCCCGAUCUGGAAACGCUGAAGAAAGCCUUCCAGCCGAAUGGUGGAGCAGCCGGGGCACACCUACAUGCAGCCGCCCAUCUCCAGCAUGGCAUGCCACCGCAGCAACUACUUUCGGCGCACCAGCAACAACAGCAGCAACACCAGCAGCUGCAGCUGCAACAGCAGCAACAGGCGAUCGAUGAGAUCGACUCCGACUGUGAUGAUAUCGAGGAUGUGGUAGGCGAAAGCGACCAGGAAAGCGAAGGCGAAGAGGAUUUGCCCCUCGAGAUGGACGAUGGCCGUAGCACGGCGAAGAAGGACGAAAUGGAAGUAGAACAUUUAGCAACAUUGGAAAGAUUAAGACAAACGCAACGGCAGGAUUAUUUGAAGGGUUCCGUGUCUGGUUCGGUGCAGGCGACGGAUCGACUGAUGAAGGAGCUGCGCGACAUCUACCGGUCGGAUUCGUUCAAAAACAAUAUGUACUCGAUAGAGCUAGUAAACGAUUCCAUCUAUGAAUGGAACAUCCGUCUCAUGUCGGUCGACCCGGACAGUCCGCUGCACAACGAUCUGGUACUGCUGAAGGAGCGCGAAGGCAAGGACAGCAUACUGCUGAACAUCAUGUUCAAGGAGACGUACCCUUUCGAGCCACCGUUCGUGCGUGUCGUGCAUCCGAUCAUAUCCGGCGGCUACGUCCUGGUAGGUGGUGCCAUCUGCAUGGAGCUGCUCACGAAACAGGGCUGGAGCUCGGCUUACACCGUGGAAGCGGUCAUCAUGCAAAUAGCGGCCACACUAGUCAAGGGCAAGGCGCGAAUACAGUUCGGCCCUACGAAGUCUCUUUCACAGGGUCAGUACAGCUUAGCUAGAGCGCAGCAAAGUUUCAAAUCGCUCGUGCAAAUCCACGAAAAGAACGGAUGGUUUACACCGCCCAAAGAGGACGGUUAAGGAGCCGGCAAUACGACGAUCAGAGAAUGAUGGCGGGCGCGCGCACCGUUCUUUGCUGUUUUGGUUGCUGCUACACAACGGUCCACGGUGCAAGAUGCAGCUCGUAACACGGCCACAGGACAAUGAAUACUAAUGUGCGCACCAGCAUUCGGUAGCGUUUGUUAGAUUCGGACGAUAAGCUAGAGUGGCAUUUGUGAGUGUAUAAACCCCGUCGAUCAUGCCAAGGAUGUGUGCAGAAUGUCCUGGGCGUAAGGUUAACGAACCACAGUAGCAGCGACAUAUAAACAGCAACAAAAAAAAACCCGGAAUGCGAUCGCAUCUUCUCUUUUCCUGCUUCUAAGCAUACGUUCUCGUUCUUUAAGCUUUUAGGUUUGUAGACUUAAGUGUACAUGCGUAAGUACGAAUCGGCAAGAAGGCACGCGGGAUGAACGCAAACACUCAGUCCCGAUGCGAUAUUGAAUGAUGCGUCUAACAAAAUGUAUGUGUGUGUGUGUCUGUUUGUAUGUGUGAAUGUGCGUGAGAUUGUAUGAAUGUGAAGAUGCUCUCGAAAAAAAAACUGUUUUGGACGAGACGACGGCAAGUAAUGGGAGGGCGCACACUAAUGAAAUGCAGCUAUAAGUAAGGAUAGGGAAAUGAACGGAGAGAGGCAUACUGUUUGAAAUACUGGAGAAAAGGGUGUUAAUAUCACGUGUCAACAAUUUUUGUUUGUAACAUUACGCAGAUAACACCACCAUAUUCAAUUCAAGCACACUAAAACCGAUAGCUGAGCAAAAACCUGAGAAAAAUAGAAGAAGGGAUUGUGUAUGAAAUAGAUAGGAUUUCGAUCGAAUCGAUCGAUCGGCCACAGCGCCUAGGCGUUCUGUUUGUGUGCGUGUGCGUGUGUUUGUACGAGAAAACACGGGCAUUCUAAUAAUUCUAAUUAUUUGUGGUUUUGAUAUUAUUUUCUUCUAGCAAUCCAUAUAGAGCGAACCGCCGUGUGUCCUCUUUUCUUCCCUUUUUUUUCGCGAUAAUCGUUUUUAGUAAACUUGUGUUCAUCGCUUGUAGUGUAAUGGAGACAUUUAGGAAUGAACAAGGCACAGUGAUAAGCGGCAUUAAACGUGACUUGGUGUGUGUAUCAAAACGCUUAUAUGUUUUGUUUAGACAGAUUUUCGGAAGGAAUUCUUUCGAUCGGAAUCGUUUUUUUUUUUGUUUUUGUUUUACCCGUAGUUUAGCGUUGUCCUCAAGACAAUAUUUAGACUGACAUGAACAGUACACUAGCUAUAUGUUCCUUUUCAAUUUGUAGUCUUUUCUUUCUUCGUGCAGCUUUCCGAUGAGCUUUCGAAAAACGGAAUUUUUAAUGAUUUUCUUUCACCCCAAUCGUGUACUAACUUGCAGACCAAUGUUGCAGGAAUGCUGUGAAUGAAUUUUGUAGAAAGUAGCAAUUAACACAUUUUUUUUUGGUAUGUUUUUGGCAACAUUUGCCGGAAAAUGCAAUCCGAACAGAGUUUUUACUUUUCCCUGUUCUGUGUCGAAACUUUUGUUUUAACCCCUUCACACGGGAAGCCGGGAGGACGUUCAGCUCAACAUAAUCUUAAACAUAUUUAAGAGAUUUUAUGUGUAAUUUUCCAUCGCUUCGGUAAACCGAUAAAAGAACAACAGAAAUUCACAAUUUAUAACUCAAAAUAGCAAUCAAACAAAGAAGUGCACACUGGAAAGGAAUGCGUUUUUCUGCCUCCACCCCCUCCCCACUGGUGGCAUACUAAAUGGAAAGAAUUCUGCAAACACGGAAGCUAGCCUCUGAACUGUAACGAAACAAAUUAAAGUUCUUUGUUUCGUUCCGUAACAGCAAUAUCAAAGUGCAACGUUUUGUGACCGCAGGUAAAUUGUUAGCAGGAACUUUUGAGAGCAGUCGCCAAACAUACUAAAACCAUUUUCACACGAAGUAGUUAUUCCAGUGUCUAAACCAUUUUCACAGCCCACCAGCGCCCACAAAGUGUUUGCAAAAAGAAGGAAAAACAAUAUUAAGGUUUUUACACCGCAUUCAGUGCUCGUCUGCCGGAAAAUUCGUUUGUAAAACGUCGAGACAUUCAGUAAACGGUUUAUCUUCGGUUCGGUUUAACUGGCAAGCUGACUAGAAGAUGCUCCCGGUGGCCAUUUACUUGCGGUCAACAGCAACAUUUGUGAACGAUGGUGAACGGUUUUCGGUGAUGCCGCUCGUACGUCGUCACCAAAACGUGCAAUUGUGUACAGUAAACAAGAAUAGCAGUAAAGAGUAAUUGCAAAAUUAGCAGUAAAAUAUGCAACGGGGAGUGUAGCAGCGGACUCGUCGUCCGUCGUGCGCGGCAUCUGAGGAAAACUGAAAUGUUUUAUAAUAAAUCUAAAAUGGAAAGCAUUA